AUGUCGUUGGAGCCGGCCUUCGCGCAGCUCGGGCAGCUCGCACCGCCCUCACCGGUACGCCCGCUCCUCCCGCAUGCGACCACCGCGGCCACCAGCCGCAGACCGAGCUCGCAGAGCUCCAGUGUGAAGAGUGGUAGCUACCAGGCCGCUGCCCUCGCCACGGCCGCCUUGGUGCUUCGACGAAAACGCACCGCGGCCUCGACGGCGUCCACGGCGUCCACGGCGUCCACGGCGCUGCGGGCGGUGGAGCCGGAGGUGGUGGACACCGAGGAAGGUGAUGUGAAUCUGGAUGGUUUCAGUGACAUGAGGCCCUAUGGUGGCUAUGCACAGCCACCUGCAAGGAUUUUUGAAGGCACUGAUGAAAUUGACCUUUCGAAGAAGGAAGCGCGACCUGCCGGCUCCAGUGAGAAGGGCACAUACUUCUGGAAAAUGACGCAGGACAAGAGAUUUAUCGAAGUGAUCAUCCCAGUGGAUGACUCGGUGGAAGCCAAGGAUGUGAUCUACCGAAUUGGCGAGGAACCAGAAGACCCCAAUCGCGGACCCACCUUGGAGCUGGGCUAUCGUUUCAAAGGCGAGGAUGACAAAAUGGAAGAGAAUCUCAUCAUUGAUGGGCAGAUCCUCAAUGCAGUGCGGAGGGAAGAAUCCUUCUGGAUCUUGGAUGAGAUGGUCGGCGUGAAGGUUAUCAUCCUCACGCUCUCUCGACCGCGAAUGAGAAGGCAACGCCACGAUCCCAUUCUCCGGCGCAAGACUGAGGAGGAGAGAAUAGAACCUCAAACCUGGGAUGCUCUACUGGUGGAGGAUAGAGAGAAGCCAAAGGUUACUCACAAGGUUUUCAUGGACAUUGAACUUGAAGGCAAACCUGCAGGGAGGAUGGAAUUUGGGCUUUUUGGAGAUUUGCUGCCCAAGACCGUCGACAACUUCCGGGGGUUGUGCAAUGGUGAGUAUACCGAUGAAGAAGGUAAGACAAAGGAAGCAGCUUUCUGCUACAAGGGAUCAAAGUUCGCCCAGAUCAUGGGCCAGCACAUCAUUUCAGCAGGAAAUGCUGGCAAAGACUUGGAGCUACUUGAGUUUUCGCCCGAGGAACUUGAAGAGUUCUAUGAGUUCUUCAAGGACUUUGAGGCGCAGCCUCGUGCCGUUGGCAAGGUGAAGAAGGGCUGGGUGGUUCGCUGGGGUGGAGACCUGGGCCUCGGUGAAGACAUUUUUGGAACUCCACGAGAAGAGGGCCAGGCUACUGAUAUCGACAGCAAUGGUGAACUCAAGCAAGUAGCUGAGAUCAUGGGAAAGCUUGUCGAGAAAGGAGAGGGUGCAAAGAUGUGGUUCUACAAGCCUGAGUGGGAAAAGGGCUGCGAUGUGAAGGGAGGAACUUUCCAGGCUGAGGGCUUCAAGGUUCCUCACAUGAAGAAGGGAAUGCUGACCAUGGACCGGCACGAGACGCAGGACUAUCAGGGCUCAGUGUUCUUCAUCACUCUGAAGGAGUUUCCACAAAUGGACAACCGCUGGGUUUGCUUUGGCGAGAUUUUGUCCGGCAUGGAGCUUCUCGAAAAGAUCGAAGUCAAACAGGCUGGAGGCUGCUGCCUUUUGACCACCCACAUGCUUGAAGAAGCCGAACACCUGGCGAGCUAUCUCGUUAUUCUCAGAAGUGGCUUUGUUGCAGCCGAGGGCUCGGUCCAGGCUUUGAAAAACCAGUGGGGUCAAGGCUACAUGCUGAGCAUCGAUAGUGAGAAAAACAAGGAGACACAAGCCCAAGACUUCAUCACAUCACUAUUGGACCCAGAAGAUCAAACGCCUGUCAAGUCGCAGAGGGACGGGCAGAAGACCUACAAGUUCUCAAAGGACGAGGAAGCUUUGGGCCAUUUGAUCAUCAGCAUCGCCCGCGGAAAGGCGAAGCAUGGCAUUCGUCACUGGGGAGUGUCGCAGGCAUCCCUGGAGGAUGCCUAUGUCACUUGGACUGGAUCCCUGGCAUCUUUUGCUGCGGUGAAAUCGAUGAAGUCAGAGGCCAGUGUACCUGAAGAGGAAGAGGAAGAGCAGCUCUACCCCUUCCUCACGAAGCUGUGCGAUGACCCUGCACUGCAGGGAUGCUGCAACUUCCCACUGGACCAAGACAAAGUGCACAUUGGAAGCUCUGAAGGAAGUUGUGACAUCAUUCUCAUGGGAGUGGGCAUCACGUCAGAGAUGUGCUCCGUGCAAUGCGAAAAGGGUGAAGUAUCUGUGGAGGUAUUGAAGGAUGAGGGCGGAAGCACUGUCCGGGUCCUCCUCAAUGGCAAGAUGUUGCGGCCAGAGAAUCCGGAGCAGAUGAAGCAUGGAGAUUGUCUCAUCCUGGGAUAUUCUCAUGCAUUCCGUUUGGUGGAACCAACGCCAGAGCGUGUGAAGCAAGCUGGAUCAUCGGAGUACCUUCAAGUGGCCCGCAGUACGGUGCCGAAACUGGACGUUGCUUCAGCCUUUGAGGAGGCGGUGUGCGUGGAAGGCAAGCAGCUGGAGGACUCAGGAGACAGGGUCAGUGCAUUUCCUUUCAUCAGCAAUCUCAGCAACAGAGCCUCAGAUGGUACAGUGCGAAGCUUCCUCAGUGCUUUGCAUCACGUGCACCCCUUGGUGGAAGAAGCAAACGUCAUCACAAGGGAGGUCUUUGGUAACUCCGAUCUGCAUCUGGAGAUUCACACACUCACAGACGUGCUUGACUUCCAGAAUGAUGCACCUGAGAUUGUGAUCUGCUGCCUUGAGAAGCCAUCGCCACUCUCGCGCUUCCAACAGACAGUCAACACUGUUCAACAAUGCUUGCGCGAUCCCAAUGCUCCCACAUCCUCUCAAGAUCUUGCUGAUAAGCGUUGGAUGCUUGGACGUGCAAAGCAUCCCUUGGCCCAUGCCAUGGGACUUGACGAGCAUAUGACAAUUCGAGGGCACGGCCAUUUGCUCUCGAUUUUCUCCUUGGAAGAUUUCUUGCAACGAUUGAGUGAGAUCAGAGACCUUUACCAGGACGCCUGCGAGACAGGGGAAGGCUUCGAAGCCAUGCGAUCCAAUUUGGCUGCACAUCCCUUCCAAAACCCAUGGCACCAGAGCAGCUUCACGCACAUGAAAGUCCUGGCAGAUGAAGCCGCAUCAAUCAGGACAAGCCCCUUGCUGCGAUGGUUGCUGCGGAGCCCACCAAAGGCACCAAUUCAACAAGCUCCUCCACCAGGUGCAAGUCUCGGAACGACCAUUGCACAGGCACCAAUGAAUACUACGGUGGAUCUCAAGCGCAGGCCAUCGGUGGCGGAGUCGGUCCAAUCGGCCAACAGUUCGGGUCAUCUUUUCCCCGUGGAGAUCCGUCAGUCACAGAUGUCACAGCAGGAAAAACCAACACCGCGCACAAACCCUACUAGCAUCUUCGAGGUUGACAACAGCCCUAUUCCGAGCCUGGGUUCUUACUUGAAGACGCUGAUCACCGACAUGUCCUCGGCCGACAUUCUGCUUGCGGUCAUGGAGCCCGGAGAAGGCCAAGAAUCUACACUCGUUCAUGCCCACAGCAUUGUAUUGUCACGGCUGCCAUUCUUCCGCCGAUUGAUUGCUGACCACAAGGCGAUCGGAAAGUCUCCAAUCAUUGUCCCACAUGCCUUGUCUGUGUGCAUUCUGCGUCAACUUUUGGUCUACGCCUACACAGAUAGCGUCAAAGAGGCAACAGCAAAUCUUUCACCCAACAUGCUACGUCAAUUGCAAAAGGCUGCCUCUAACUGCAGCAUGCCAGAUUUGUGCAAGGCCUGCAUGAUCAAGUUGAGCGGCCAAGAAUCCGCCUCGGAGAGCUCAUCCGCUAAAGCUCCGGGUGGAGGCCCAACGAGCCCAACAGUCCGCCGCCGUAUUUCGAGGGGGUCUUCGCUCAACCAGGCUCGUAUGGACCGUGGAUCCUCUGAUCGCAAUUUGCCUGUGCUGCUCAGUAAGAAGUCGUCACUGAGUGACAGCUCACCGGGAGGAAGCCUCAAGCUGAAGCAGCAUUCGAGUAAGCACUUUGAACCACUGAAGGCUGUUGGGGGAAAUUCAGAUGCUGGAAGUUCUGGUCGUUUGAUCUGUAUGGAAUCGGGUUCCAGCAUGAGUUCAUCUCCGGUGGAUGGAAGGGACGCUGGUGAUGAGCACCACCGCCAGCAGAGUGCAGUUCGACUCAGCUCCGGAAGCCUGAGGGCCUUUGCCGAGGAGAUGGCCGAGCUGCGGCGCUUACUCUUGACACAUCCCAGGGGCAAUGGACAAGAAAUCCCCAAGAAGGCCACUGAACUGCUGGAGGACUUGCAGUCGAGCAUGAUGGAGACCAUUCGUUCUGAGUUUAGGGGAUGCCUGAAGGAAGCGCAAGACAAGGGCGAACCAUCUGGAUCAUUGUCAUCUUUGGCAUCGGGCAUCACUUGUCAGAUCCACAACUUGCGAGAUGAUCUGAUUUCCAUGUUGAACACCACAGAUGGCCGCGUGCCCUCCACUAGCCCCACCCGCAGUGCAGUGCACGUCCGUGAGGAGUCCCCUGUGAACUCAGUGGUCCCGGCCCCCGGGGCCCCCGGGGUGCAGCCUGUGCCCCUGCGCCUGACGCCGCCGAACCUCAGCGCAGAGCCGGUGGUGCAUGCGGCGCAAUUUGAUCGCCAAGCAGCGACGCCACCGCUGGCACCCAGGCCAUUGACGUCAGUGCUGGCAGGGACACCGGGAGCUCCAGGAGCUCCAGGGCGUUUGGGCAAACCCUUUCAACGACUGGUGGUCCAUGCUUCUACUGGCCAGCUCCCGGGACAGGUUGCGCGUUCAACGUCGCCAAACUCAAGCCCUUGCCACUAUGCGGUGCCCGGCUUCCCCCAGUCGAGGCCACAGACAAGGUCUGUCUCUCCAAUUCCAAGCAACUCGAUUUGGCAUGCAAAUGGGAUGAGUGGAGCAAGAAGACCAGGAUGGGGCACAGCUCCAGGGCCCACUGUGUCUGUGAGAUUCAACCGAAGCCCCCGCCCUAUUGGGUCAUCUGGCGCCUCGACCAUAACAACCAAUCGGUCUUGGCACAAUCUGCAGGAGCCUGUCACCGCCCAUCCAAAGCCAUCAAUGACUGGACAACCAGAGGUGGAAACCGCCAAGGCAGCGAACAAGGAAAAGGCUCCAGUGGAGACCCUCCGCUUGCACCCUGGCACAAGAUGGAACACGUGGUACCGGUAUACCAUGGCAUAG